CGAUAAAUCGCCGUCGCCAUAUCAACCCCCCUCGAUUUCGUUUCUACACCAUUCGCCAUUUCUCUUCCAAACGAGAACGUUGGUCCAGGAUCUAAAGCAGACUUUUCCAUUUUCCAUUUGGUCUUAAAAGUUGUCUACUAUAAUGUCUGCAGUUGAUCAAGAAGUUGCUGCUAUCCGUGGAGAGGAGAAGUCCAAGGGAGGAUUGAGUUAUGAGGUUAUUUUGGCAGAGCCAGUAAGCGAUCGCCCACCUUCACCUCCAGUCUCCACACCCACUCGCCCUCAGCCUUCAGAGGAAGAGAUUGAAAGGAAGCUUUUGGCAGCCAAGGAGCGCCGUGAGGCCAAUCGGUCCAUCAAUGAUGUGGAUGAGAAAAUUAGCAAAGCUGUAGAAAAAAGACAAGAACUCGUCUCAACCUUUGUUACCAAGACAAAGGAGAAUCUAGAUGCCAAAAUGGAGGAAUCACAGGAGAAGAGGGAGGCGCAUUUAUCAUCAUUGAAAACUAAACUGAAGGAACACUUGGAACGCGUGGAAACGGUCAGACUGACAAAUGAAACAAAGCUUCAGGAAAUCCGGCAACAAAUUGAUGAAAAGCUUAAGUCAGCUGAUGAGAAACGUGACGAGAUAAUCAAGCAACUUCAAGAAAAGCUUCGCCUACACGAAGAGCAUAUCAAAACGGUGAAGCAGAGUAGUGAAGAGAAAACAAAAGCAAUGGAGGAACAGAUCCAUUCCAAAAUACAGCUGGCGGCCGAAAAGCGUGAUGAGAUUGAAAAGGAAAUGUUAGAGAAACUGAAAGAGCAGGAGCGCCGUGGUGAAUUGGCCCGUCAGAAAAAAGAGAAUCGUCUUUCUGGUGGAGGUCAAUGUGAAGAGGGAGAAACAGCCUCUUCCGGCUAAAUGAAGAAGUGAUAGCUGAUAUCCCCAACUAUUUUUGCUUCUCUAUUGAACUAUUCUUUUGUUUCGUACGUUUCUUGCCAUUGGGGUUUGAGAGUGGGAAAAAUCCUACACGAGUCCAUUAAAGAGCUUUUUUUUCAUUGUAUUUUAACGUUUCUUAUACGUUAAAAUAGCAGCUACAAGCGCACAACAGGCUCUUUCAUUUUUUGUUUGCCUAUUCUGUACGUUGAUCUGUCGUUUUCCCAGGCCCAUUCCAUUAUUUCGCCUUUCUGAAAUCGAAAGAAUUCAGCAUCUAUUUUAACGUAGUCCAUUUUGCUCAAGUUGGUUACUUAUUGCAUUCCAUUUCGGCACGCUACUCAAAAUUAUCAAUUCGCCAACGUUAUUUAAUAAAGGUAUCAUUGCAUUA